UGACUCUUGAGCUUUAAAGGAGGGGACAAAUCCUCCAAACCAAGCUGGUUUGCCACUCUUACGUUCCACGACCGGACACUCUCCCAACGUUUCGGAUGAGCGAAGUCAGAAAGUCGUCUUCCCCGUAUGCGCUAAUACGAACCCAAGGAGUUUUAGAUUUUUGUGGAACGUACAUCCCUGUGCGGAGGGAACAUUGUGAGACUCAUUGCAGCAGCACGCAGCACAUGGAAGAUGUUGCUGAAGGAGUACAGGAUAUGCAUGCCGCUCACUGUGGAGGAGUACCGAAUUGGACAACUAUACAUGAUUAGCAAACACAGCCAUGAGCAAAGCGACCGAGGGGAAGGUGUUGAAGUUGUACAGAAUGAACCCUAUGAAGACCCCAUGCAUGGCCAGGGACAGUUCACGGAAAAACGAGUCUACCUCAACAGUAAACUUCCUAGCUGGGCUCGAGCAGUCGUUCCUAAAAUCUUCUAUGUAACUGAGAAGGCAUGGAACUAUUACCCUUACACAAUCACAGAAUACACCUGCUCGUUCCUUCCCAAGUUCUCCAUUCACAUAGAGACAAAAUACGAGGACAACAAAGGCAUCAACGAUAAUAUCUUUGACUCUGAGUUGAAAGACCAGGACCGAGAGGUGUGUUUUGUCGACAUUGCUUACGAUGACAUUCCUGACCGCUACUACAAGGAAUCAGAGGACUUGCGGUACUUCAAGUCAGAGAAGACGUCGAGGGGUCUCCUUCAGGAAGGAUGGAGGGACACGCAAGACCCCAUCAUGUGCUCGUACAAACUGGUCACAGUCAAGUUCGAGGUGUGGGGUCUGCAGACGCGUGUCGAGCAGUUCGUGCACAAGGUGAUUCGGGAUGUGUUGCUGCUUGGACACAGGCAGGCCUUUGCGUGGGUGGAUGAAUGGAUUGACAUGACAAUGGAUGAGGUGAGAGAAUUUGAACGGACUAUCCAAGAAGCCACCAACCAGAAGAUCGGGAUGUUUCCACCGUCGAUCUCCAUCAGUGAGACCCCCUUGUCCUCCUGUUCCCUCACCGGCCCCGCCAGCGCCCCUACCACCCCACUGUGCACUGACGCGCCCGAUUCCCUCUCGGUCUCCAAGGACCGGCCCCGCAAAAAGUCAGCUCCGGAAACCCUAACCCUUACCGAGCAGUCUCCGAGCAGUGAGCGCCAAGGAUCGACGACCGGCCCGUUUCCAACAUCGAGUCAUCCCCAGUCUUCAUUGUCGCCUUCCUCAAGCACCGAUAAUCCUGAAAUGGGAGAACAGUAGAUGGACCUUUGAAUGUCUUCCCUGUGCUUUGAGUCUGUAUUUUCCUCACAAUCCCAUUGAGUUUCGUCAAACCUCCAAAGAUAAGCACCCAAAAAUUCACUCACAUUUUCGGCAUUCCAAUCAAAAACAGGUCCUGAAUAUUGAGUACUUUUUUUCCAAAAGUUAAGACAAAAUGCUCCUCGUUUACAAAGUGUUGAAAUUGGCACGCCAAGCCUUCACGUUUCAUCUUCAGGCGCAUCUGGCACUUCACUUGAUCAGUGUUAUCCAGCUCAUUAUUUUGAGCGACACCUGCAAAUGCACACUAUUCUUGUAAUCUGCUAUUUCAAUUUAAAAUGUAUCAAAUUGUUAGUUUCUGUCUUGGUGUAAACAAACACGCGACGCUUUGAUACUCAGAUUAGCAUUUGUACGCUUAAAAAUAGUUUUCAAACAAACAAAUGGUCAAAAAUACUUUGUUUUUAGGCUUUUACAUGGAAAAAAAUGUAAAAAUUGCUCAGAUCGUUAUUUUUCAAGUCCUUAAAUUUGACUUUCCUUUGUUGAGAUAAGAUAUAGAUGCCUUAUACUAGCACCACAAGGCCACUAGUUUCCUUUUGUAUUAAGUUAAUAUCAAAAACGUUGCAUACUUUUGUUCUUAGGGGCCCACAGUAUCAUUUCAUAUCAUGUAAUACCCAAAAGAUGAGUGUUCGCACCUCAGGUCUCUACUCACAGAUGUCACUGUAAACUAACUCUCCUUGCUUGUUGCCAAACAGCCACGUUUUAUAUUACAACACAGCCUCUACAUUGUAAUACGAAACCCUUCGAAUGUUUACAGUAAUCACUUGUCUAUAUGUAGUAAAGCCAUUGAGCGCACUGGCAAUCUUAGCAUGUAACCGUACUUGAAUUUAUGCUUGAAUGGUUCACAUGGCAUACAGUGCUGUACAAAACUAUCGCUUGAGUAAUUCUAUAUUGACAACUGGCAUGUCACUUGAUAACAAACAACGCUGAAAUGUGAUCAAAAGUAUGAUAAUUAAUGCUGUUGCAGUGAUUAUAAUCCUCUACCCACGCACAAUCACUCUGUAAAACCUUUUUGGAACUUGUUUUUGUACUUAUAAAUAUAUUUUCCCCCUUUUUCCAAUGGAAGUUCCUGUGUUGCUACAUCAAAACGAGUUGGUGACAGCUUUUGUACAGUACUGUGAAUGAGAUCUAGCUUCUUUAAAUCAUGUUGCCGAGGGGGAAGUAGGCCAUUUCGGUGCAGCUUUUUACUUGCUGUACUCUAAUUGCAAAUUGGAGGGGAGGGACCCUUAAAGCUCUUUCGGAAGAUGGGGGCACUUGCAUCAAGCUGACUUGAGUGUGUGCUUUGUUAGCUGAGUGGACACUUUUGCUUAAUCACUGCAUUGGUGUUGUCUGAUGAAUAAUGGGCCUGAGAAUCAUUAUUGCCAUGUGACCCAAGUGGUCUGAAUAUUGUCUCGAUGAAAAUCAAACAGUAUUAUAUUAUUCCGGAAUUAUGUUAUCCAUAUGUUUAGACAAAGUGCUUCUAAUCGACAGUAUAUGCUGCAUGGAACGUUCCUUAUUUACUUUGUAUACACAAAAAUGUUUGUAUAUGCAGUAAUUAUCAGACUGAUUGCCUCUCUGCAUUGAAUGACGUAAUUGUAGGGAAAAAGUGAAUGCCUCAAUUAUUUUAUAUACAAGACGUGAGUGAGAUGUAAGCACGCAAGAGAAUAGAAGGCCUCAAAACAAUUAACUCAGUGCCUCUGCAUGCCAUGAUAAUCCAACGUACAGUCUAUUAACGCUUCAUGACAUUUUGCCGAAGUAUUGAGAUUAGAGAAUUUAGUAAGAAAUCUUGUAUGGGGCGCCGUUUGUAAAGCUGCACAUACUGAAAAUUACGACAACAUUUUCUCACAUUCAACGCCACAUAGUGUUUAAAACGUGGUGUGAAAUGUUGAGUCACUUUUUUUUUUUUUUGCACAUUUACAACAUUAUUUAGAAACCUAAAUAUUCAUUUUUAAUAAGUUUUGGACCUGAAUGUUUAAAUCCAGAACUAAAUAUUUAAUUUAAAUCUUAAAUUUAUAUCUUAUAUCCUAAAUGCUAAAUCUGGAAACUGUUGGAACUAAAUAUUUAGCUUAAUAUGCAAAUUCACAUGACUGGAGACCGGAAGUAACCAAAUAACAGCUGGAGCACACAAAAUACUCUUUAAAUAGUUUCUCCUAAAUACAGUGGGGAGAACAAGUAUUUGAUACUCUGCCAAUAAAUACUUGUUCUCCCCACUGUAUGUAUUUUACCUAUAUAUUAUUAUUAUUAUUGUUACCACAAUGACUCAUGUCCAAGAGCAGACUGCCACCAUUGAGUUGGUUUUAUUCAUUUUCAAGCAAAGUAAACAGACAGUCCGAGUUGCUCCACCAGCUUUUAUUUUGUUACUUCCGGUCUCUAGUUAUGUGAAUUUGCAUAUUAAGCUAAAUAUUUAGUUCUGACCGUUCCCUGAUUUAACAUUUAGGAUAUAAGAUAUAAAUUUAAGAUUUAAAUUAAAUAUUAAGUUCUGGAUUUAAACAAUCAGGUCCAAAACUUAUUAUUUAAAAAUAAAUAUUUAAGUUGCUAAAUUACGGAGCCCCUAAGGUGACAUGGAAGAAGAAGAAAA